GUCACAUCCGGUGGAAUAUUCUAGCGGAUUCUUCUGUUGGACUUUAAAAGCAGGCGCGCAGAGACGCAGACUGAGAUGCUUUUUUACAGGUGAACCACUGAAACGUUAUUGGGAUGCAACAAACAACCACUUUGUACACAUGAAGAACAUCAUCUUUAGGUCCUUCCAGCUGCUGUGCUGUGGGCAGACUGACGCAGAGAGAAUCAUGAUUCUGCUGACUCCAUCCUCUGGUUUCUUCCAGCGUACCAAUAAGCUAUUUCUAAGCGAGCAGGCCACAGGUGUCCAGCUCAAGGAGUUUGUACGCAAAAAUGCAGCCAAUGCUCUGUCUAUGGCCAACAUGCUCAUGGGCAUGGCCUCUAUUCUCUGCAGCCUGAACGGCCACCAACAUGCAGCCUGCUGGCUGGUCCUGAUUGGCUACCUGCUGGAUUUGGCAGAUGGGGCAGUUGCCAGGCGACUUGAUGCAUGCUCACCACUAGGUGCUAAACUGGAUGAUUUUGCAGAUUUCACAACCUUUGGGAUUGCAACAUCAUUGCUCCUGAGGACACAUGCCUUAAUGGACAACAUCCUGUGCAUGUGCUACGUCCUGUCUGUGUUUGUCCGCCUCUGCUUCUUCUCCAGCGGCAUCCCCUUCAUGUACCGUGGCCUGCCAUGUAUCUACUCUUCCGCCAUCCUGGCCUGUCUCUCCCUGUUGACCGGAGGUAACAUGGUGAUCCUGCGGGUCACUGCUGUGGCCAUGAUCCUCUUCAUGGUCAACCAGGGCUUCUACCCUCACGACAGGGUCCUGGAGUCACAGGCCUGGAAGAAGGUGGUCUACGCUGGAGGAGUUGUCAUGGUGUUCUGUUCCUCUUUCUCUCCGGCAUGUGUGUACUACCUGUUGUGGUCUGUCUCCUACAUUUUGUUCCCAACAUCUCUUUGGAGUUGCAAAGUGUAGUAGGAGUUAAAGGCCUUGCUCCAAACUCACACAUGGCUUGUCAACAGGCCGUCCGGCGGGGUUAACUAAAGCUCCCAGACUGCUGCUGCUAGCUAUCCACAGCGGAUCGAAAAAGGACGUAAGAGGACGUUUUAAUGUUUUUGUAAGAUUUAACUGCCUUUUUCAUCAUGACCACUUGAUGGAUAAUGUAAUGUACCUUAGCCAUUUUGUUUUUGAUUAAUACAGUGUUUGAAUGUCUAGUUAUGUUUUUACAAUACAAUGGCAGAAUUGUACUGUACUGUCUUGUGUGUACUGUGUGCAUAAUUGUGCUUGAGAUUACUCCAACUAUUAUGAAGUAUUUUCAGUAAUUAAUAGUCAUUUGAGACUUACUGUAAACAUGGUAGAUUCAAACUUAUUGCAUGCUCCCAAUUUGUAAUACAUAUUUAAUUCAAAAUAUUUUAUUUUCAUCAUAUUGCAGAUACAAAAGAAGUCCAUUGUAUAAUUAAGCAAUAAGGCCAGAGGAGGUGUGGUAUAUGGCCAAUAUACCAUUGCUAAGAUCUGUUCUUAUGCACGAUGCAACACAGAGUGCCUGGAUACAGCCAUUAGCCAUGGUAUAUUGGCCAUAUACCACAAACCCGCAAGGUGCCUUAUUGCUAUUAUAAACUGGUUACCAAUGUAAUUAGAAGAGUAAAAAGUCAUUUUGUCAUACCCAUGGAAUACUUAAGUGAUAAUGUCCGAGAAGCUGGUGUUUGGAGGAUAUAUUGGCACGGGCGUUAGGCCGAGACGAAGUCGUCAUCCAAACACCAGCUUCUUGGGCAUUAUCACUUGUAUACAACAGGUUACCAACAUAUUCAAAUAAUGAUUUACAGAUUUUCAUAAAUUAUAUUUUGGUGACUUUAUUCAUUCCAUUUAACCCUUCCACGAGAUAUAUAGUCCUGACACAAAUCUAGUGUUGCUACCCAAGCCGGCUGGUCAUUCGUUGUAUCGGUUAGGUUGCCAGAGACGCGACCCAGUCGUUCGUUCUAAAUGUUCCAUUGCCAUACUGGCUGGCAACGUUCUAAUCCCUUGCUUGCUAGCCAACUACAGCUAAUUUACAGUCACGUAUAACAGUGCAGACAGAAUAACAACAAAGUAGCUUCAUUUUCAUUUGUUUUAAGGUGUUUUUUUUUGUGACAUUUAAUUUCACCUGGCAUAGAAAAUGUGUUCAGAUGAGCUAGCCAACAACACAGCUAACACAAUCACUUCAAACUCGAGCUGGAAAGACUGCAAACUAGCUGCACUUUGUUUCGUUUGACCAGUUUUCUAUUGAUAUUUCUUCAUAUAUCCAUAAAAAUGAUGCUGAUUCAUUUUGACUGGCUGAGAAAAGCUGACUGCCUGUCUCGUCCCGACACCUUCAUUACUAUGGGACAGCUGGAAAUCGAAUUUGAAUAUUGAAACAAUGUUGCAAAUUUCGGAGACAGACAAGCAAGGUUUAUACAAAUCUCCGCUGUUAAACUAAAUGUUAGUCUAAAAGAAAUGUGAGAUAAUGUCUAGAUGCUUUUUGAAGAGGAGAUCAAGUUUAACUUCCCUGCCUGGUCUGAUGAGACAGUGGAUUGCGCAGUCAGAUGGAACAGCAGUGGUGGAAAAAGUACCCAAUUUUCAUACUUUGAGUAAAAGUAAAGAUACCUUUUUAAUAGAAAAUUACUCAAGUGAAAGUCACCCAGUAAAAUACUACUUGAGUAAAAGUAUUUGUGUUUAAGCCCAGGCUCUGUUGCAGCCGGCCGCGACCGGGAGGUCCAUGGGGCGACGCACAAUUGGCCUAGCGUCCGGGCUAGGGAGGGUUUGGCCGGUAGGGAUAUCCUUGUCUCAUCGCGCACUAGCGACUCCUGUGGCGGGCCGCGCGCAGUGCACGCUGACCAGGUCGCUAGGUGCACGGUGUUUCCUCCGCCACAUUGGUGCGGCUGGCUUCCUGGUUGAAUGCGCGCUGUGUUAAGAAGCAGUGCGGCUUGGUUGGGUUGUGUUUCGGAGGACGCAUGGCUCUCGACCUUCGUCUCUCCCGAGCCCGUACGGGAGUUGUAGCGAUGAGACAAGAUAGUAGCUACUAACAAUUGGAUACCACGAAAUUGGGGUGAAAAAAAAGAAAAUAUUUGUUUAAAUAUACUUGAAUAUCUAAAGUAUAAAUCAUAUCAAAUUGCUCAUGCAUUUAUUUUAAUUCUCCGGAUAGCCAGGGGCACACUAACACUCAGACUUAAUUUACAAACGAAGCAUAUGUGUUUAGUGUGUCCGCCAGAUCAGAGGCAGUAGGGAUGUUCUCUUGAUAAGUGUGUCAAUUUAACAAUUUUCCAGUCCUGCUAAGCAUUCAAAAUAUAAGUACUUUUGAGUGUCAGGGAAAUGUACUUUUCAUUCCAUACAUUAUUUUAUUUAGAAAUGCAGUAAAGUGAAAGUUGUCCAAUAGUAAUGUACAGAUUCCACCAAAAAACAACUGAAGUUAAAAAUACUUUAAAGUUCUACUUAAGUACUUAACACCACUGGAAUAGAGUAAAUAGGCAUUUUAACAUCAGAUUCAGCAGGUGGUAACUUGUGGAAUAGACACAGGCUGGAAUGCGGUUUUAACCAAUCAGCGUCCAGGAUUAGACCCACCUGUUGUAUAAGGUCUGAUAUACCAUGGCUUUCAGCAUUUAGGGCUCAAACCAUCCGGUUUGUUUUUUAAAUGAUGGUCGACAGACUCUGGUUCAUAUCUUCUUUUCUACUUAACUCUACCACAGUGAUUGUACAUAAUACAUUGUGUGUGCAUAUGGGAUUGUUAAAUAUUUUGUUUUUUAUUUUAACUUCAAAAACCAAGUUUGUUUUUGAGCAUCAAACUGCAUUCUUUCAUUUAAAUUUGCCCCUUUUUUUUGUCCUCCUACUAUUGCAACGAGAGAUUAGUUUCAUUUCAUUGGAGGCAAAAUGUAUUCGUGCUUACGUUCCCACCAGAUAUUUGAAUCACUAGAAUUACAGUGCUAUUUUAAAAAGAUGUCACGGGCUAGCUAUGGUGAAUACAAUAUUGAGCAUCCAUGUAAGAUAACUGGUUCUCAUGUUUAACUCAAAACACAUGAGCAAAUGUUUUAUUCUAAGUAAGGGUUUGACAUCUUUCAAUUUGAUUUACACGAGUGGUUAGGUUUUUAUCUCCUGUGAACGUAGCUUUUUAUUUGGUAUUUGUGCACCUCUGCUUCUGUUUUAGGAGGCUUUGCACUUUCAGUAGUACCAAAAAAAUUGCUUUUUACCCAAGGUAUAUUGAUGAAUGUAUUUUUUUUCCUUUUCGUAACACUAGUGCCGGCCCGAACUGUGCUGGCUUGGAUCAUUUCCUUUCCUGCUGUCCUUUCCAGCACUGUUCCAGUAACUAUGGUUUAUGUGUAACUAGUCCUGCUCAUCUUGGCUUGGUUCGGCUCCGCUCAGUAGUGUGAAAAUAUCUAGAUAUUCCUGUUCUUGAUCCAGUCGGUCGAGCAAGGACUUAUUCCAUUUCCGCAUGACUGGGUGUGUUAUGAAAAUGGCGGUUUGUGCCUCGCUUUAGGAUUUUAGAUGUGUGUGUGAGUGAUGGAGACAAUGUGACGAGUUUGUUUUGAAAUGUCUUGAGACUGACAACAGCAACUCUACAGUACACCUAUAAAUGUCACCUCCACGUGGUCCAAACUGCUGGUUUGUUAACAUCAUGGUCAAUGACAAGCAAUUUUAUGAACAAAAUCAACAGCGUAGAGGGAGUGAAGUACACUUAAAGGCCAAUUUUGCGUAGCAUGAUCAGUGACUUCAACUGUAUGACCACAAUUACAUGCCUCAUUACUACAGUUCAAUGCACAAGAGUGAUACUCACCCAAUUAUAAACCAGUAAUCGUCUUAUGAAGAUCUAUUUUUUAUUCUGUACCUUUUGACAAUAAAACGUGGUGAUUUAUAAUGA